CAAAACUACGACUUUGAACCCAUCGACAAUCGACAACAUCACGACCGUCACGAUGCCGAAAGAAGUCAAGCAAAAGUCAGGCCUCAUCGUUGGCAUUAACGCCGGCCACAAGGUCACCCCCAGGACUCCUGCUCCCAGGAUCUCGAGGAGGAAGGGUUUCCUGUCCAAGCGCACUGCUUUCGUCCGUGAGAUCACCAAGGAGGUUGCUGGUCUUGCCCCCUACGAGAAGCGCAUCAUUGAAUUGCUCCGAAACUCCAAGGACAAGCGUGCUCGUCGUCUAGCUAAGAAGAGGCUCGGUACCUUCGGCCGCUCAAAGAGAAAGGUCGACGAGAUGACCAAGGUCAUCGCCGAGUCGAGGCGCGCGGGUCACUAAGCGGUUUCAUGAUGUGCGGUGGAUGUAGCAAACACGGCGAAACGAGCGACCUUCUUUCCGAUUCUGUCCCUGGGUGUUCGGUCUCUUUUUUCCCAUACGGGCGGCUCGACACAACGAUUUCGGAACGUCACAAAGCAUACCUUAUAUACACAAAAAGGAUGGCACGAUUAUCGGAGUAUGGCAAAUGGACAGUGACGGUUCCUAAACGUACCUAGCAUGUGUCACUCAAAAUCAUGAAAUGUGACGAUUGGUUCACGCCAAAACACCAUGUCCGAGUGCCGUGUGCCGUAUGGUGUGUGAUGAGGUGUGAUGUAGUAGUAGUAGUGGUGAUGGUGAUGUUGUCGGUGGUGAAGUAUUACUACUAGCAUGGAUGUCA